AUGACCUCCGAAGUGAUCGUCCUAGACCGCGCGUUCCUCGUCGCGAAGGGUUACAAGUUUCACGAGUUCGCCCUGCCUCCAGGUCUCGCAAUCGACACCACGGCGAAGCAGGUCGCGCUGGUCUACAACACGCUGCCGAACGACACGGCGCCUUUCAAACCGGCCGACGACAGAAUCGAGUUCAUGCCCUUUUUCACGGGCCUCGAUAUUGUCGCGUAUCCUCCUGUCGCAACACCAGGCGCCCCUUUCGGCAAGACGUUACAAGUGACGGCGCCGCCAGGGUCACCCAUUGUAAUCACUUUCCCGACCCCGGUCACGGAUCCGAAGUUUCCGCCGCAAUGUGCGGUGUUUAGUGCCGCUGGAGGGCCUAAGUACCUGACCACUACUGCCAACGCCGCCACGAAAACGAUCACCUGCAAGACCUCCACACUAGCGGAGUUUACGCUCGCGUCAGGCCCCUCCGUUCCCCUUCCGCCGACACCUCCGCCGACACCUGCGCCCACUCCUGCGCCCACGCCUGCGCCCACACCUGCGCCCACACCCGAGCCCACACCCGAGCCCACACCAGAGCCAUCCGCUCCCCCCUCGAUCCCGCCCCCAUCUCCCAAAAAGCCCCUUCCCCCGCCUCCUGCGCCGACAACUCCCCCCGCCAGCCCCAACACAACCAUCCCCACAAACAGCAGCAGCUCCGCCAACGCCGCGAGCAGCGCGAUUCCCCUUCUCGCUGUCGAACGAGCAGUACAAAAGAAGCACUCAGCAGCAAUCAAGGACAAGCUUCAGCAACUCAACGAUAUCUCGUUCUCUUACAUUUACAAGCAGACAGAAAUGGCUGCCCUCGCCAACGCUGCUGUUGCUCCGUCCACCUUCGUCGGCCAGAGCGCUGAGCUCGCCGCCAAGGUCAACAAUGUGGAGGCUCGCGUCUCCAUGAGGAAGACGGCCAAGGCCGCCCCCGCCAGCUCCUUCUACGGCCCCGACCGCCCCCAGUUCCUGGGCCCCUUCUCCUCCCCCCCGUCGUACCUCAACGGCGAGUAUGCCGGUGACUACGGGUGGGACACUGCGGGUCUGUCCGCCGACCCCGAGACGUUCGCCAAGAACCGCGAGCUGGAGGUGAUCCACGCCCGCUGGGCUCUUCUCGGUGCCCUGGGCUGCCUGACCCCCGAGCUCCUGGCGAACAACGGCGUCCAGUUCGGCGAGGCUGUGUGGUUCAAGGCCGGUGCCCAGAUCUUCUCCGAGGGCGGCCUCGACUACCUCGGCAACCCCAGCCUGAUCCACGCCCAGUCCAUCCUUGCCAUCUGGGCCACCCAGGUGAUCCUGAUGGGCGCCGUUGAGAGCUACCGCGUGGGUGGCCUCGAGGGCUUCCAGGAGGUUGAGGACCCCCUGUACCCCGGCGGUGCCUUCGACCCCCUGGGUCUGGCUGACGACCCCGACGCUCUCGCGGAGCUGAAGGUUAAGGAGCUGAAGAACGGCCGCCUCGCCAUGGUGUCGAUGUUCGGAUUCUUCGUCCAGGCCAUCGUGACCGGCAAGGGUCCCCUCGAGAACCUGUCCGACCACCUGGCUGACCCCACCGUGAACAACGCCUGGGCCUAUGCCACCAACUUCACCCCCGGCCAGUAA